GUCACACCGACAGGAAUCGCAAAAAAAAACCCAUUAAAAACAAUCAAAACAAGCGAAGAAUCUUAUAUUUAAAUCGCACCGCGAACAUGCCACCGUACCGCCCUCCGCCCCUUUGACAGUGACUGCAGCAAAUGGCCACGCCCCCGCCUACUUUUGCAGUAGACGUCGCAGAGGGCGCUGUGGACGCAGCAGCAAGCGACGCAGUUGAGCAUCCGCAGCAGCUUAAGCAGCGCCAACAACAACAACAGUUGGCGAGGAAUUCCCUGCUCGCAGAAUUGCGAAGAUCCACGAAUUUCUGGUUCCGGGCCAAGUCGACAGAUGGAGUCCAGUUCUUGGCCCAAAGUUGCACCCGGAUUCUGCAACAUGGACUGUUGCAGCCCGUGGAACUUCAGCGAUUGGCGGACGACUUUGAGUUUCUGCUGGCGAGUGCGGGAAACCAGCAGCCGCCGUCCAAGCCUUAUCCGCCUUAUCGCCCGGAAUCCGCGCGAGGCAGCACCCCAAAGGUCGCCGGAGUUGAGGAGUUCCUCGGCGAGUGGACGACCCGCUGCCUGCGCGCCCGCUGCCUGUCGCAGUGCCUGCAAACGCUCGUCUCCGAUCCGGAGCUGAUGGAGCUCUACUAUCCCAGCGAGGAGGCCUUCCUGCGGCGGUCCAGUGAGGCCACCGCCUUGUUCGUUUGCCUCACCGCCGUACAGCUCAACCAGAGCGGGCUGCUCGGCCAACUGGAGGUCAGGCAUCAGCUGCGCCACCGACGCACCUGCUCGCAGCCCAACUUCAGCAUCUCGCCCAAGCUGCAGGCGGUGCCGGAGGAGCGACUGCAGAAGCGCAGCUUCAUCCGGCGAUUGAAGAGCCUGCCGAAUCUCGGCCAGGAGGACGAGGAGCUGGAGGAGCGCACCUCAUCGCGGCGGCGCUGUCAAACGUUCAGCAGCUCGAGGAGCCGCCGGCCGACGAGGCAGGACUACCUGGAUGCCCCGUCCACCAGCUCGUGCUCCUCCAGCGACAGUCCCAGACGCAUUCAGCUGAUCAACUGUGAUGACAUCAAGAUCUGGACGGACCAGACGCCCCCUGAGAUGCCGCAGGAGAUGCACCAGGAGGGGAAGAGGCAGGAGACGCCGAAGACCAACGCCGCCACAUCGGUGGGCAGCUAUCUGGGCAGCUUCUUUGGCUCGCCGCCGCUGUACACCAGUUGGUUCCAGCGGGGAGUGGGCGAGGAUCUGAACGCCUCCGGCGAUGGCGGCAUGCUGGACACCUUUCUGCCCGUAAAUGGACGCAAGCUGAAGAAGCAGCAAACGCUUUUCGAGGGCGUCAGCAUGCUGGACGAGGCAGCCACCUCCUCGGCCUGCGUUUCCUCCGCUCCGUGGGAUAUCCAGGGAUCCGGCGGAGGUGGCGGAAGCACCACAUCCACCACGGCCUCCAGUUCGGUGAGCAUGACGCCGGGCAGCGACAAGAUGGACCAGCAAUCCCUCGCCUCGUUCCUGCAAAUGUCGCGGCAAACGCACAACAAUACGCAACUGGAGAAGGAGAAUGCCCACUUCAGGAUCUCGGAGGCCUGCAUCACGGCCAUCGAGCAUGUCAAGUGGAGCAGACGCUUGGCGAAGCCACCGAGUGGAGCAGCCAGCACGAAUCCCUCGGAACCGAACCUGAUGCCCUACGUGGAGCAGAUUCCCGGCGGCGUGCAGAACCACAGUGCGGAAGCGGUGGGUCUCCAGCUGAUUUCUCGCUUCAGCGAGCAGCAAUUGCCGCGAUUGGGUCACCUCAAGUGGCUGGUGUCCGAGCAGGAGGCACCGCAGCAACUGCUGCCGAUGCCGAAACCGAAGCACGAGGAUCACGAGGCGGCCAGCCUGACCAGGGGCACCGCCAGCUGGGCACCGCCGCGCCAGCAGAUCAUAUUCACCGAACAUCCCGCAGAGAAUCGCACCAAGGUGCUGCUCAAGCAAAACAAUCGAUGUGCCGGCUGUGGAAUGCGAGUGGCGAAGCAUUUGCAGCAGCACUUUCGCUAUUGCAGUUAUUUGGGAAAGUAUCUGUGCACCGGGUGCCAUCGCAACCAGAUAUCCGCCAUUCCCGCCAAGAUCCUGCGCUCCUGGGACUUUCGCUGCUAUCCGGUUUGCUCCUUUGCCUACCGCCUCAUCGAGCAGAUGUACGCCUUUCCGCUCUUCCACGUUCCCGACCUGAAUGGCCAGCUGUACAGGCACAAGGAGCUGGCGCGGGCCAGGCGCAAGAGGCUGCAGCUCCAGGCGGUCAAGGGCUUCAUAGCCAACUGUCGAUUUGCAACGAGAGAACAAUCGUUCUUCAAUGCUAUUCCGGCUCACAUUACCCAGGAUCCGGAUAUGUGGUCCAUGUGCGAUUUCGUGGACGUUCAGAACACCAGCAUGAAUCGCUCCAUCAAGGAGGUGAUCGCUCUCAGCGAGCAGCAUGUCCACAACUGUGUGCUGUGUACGGGUCGUGCCUUCCUGUGUGAGCACUGCAAGGGCGGCGAGCUCAUCUAUCCGUGGCAGCGAAGGGUGCAAAGGUGCGAUCGGUGCGGAGCCUGCUUCCAUCACGGCUGCUGGAAGACCAGGAGUCGCUGUCGCAGCCACCUCGAUCCGUGUCCCAGGUGCUCCCGCCUCCAAAAUCGAGCCAGCUAGCAUCCGAUUAAAGUGGAGUUGCUGAAACAACUUGUCGAGCAAAGUGGCGGUUGGUUAAUAUCCGGAAAAUUCAGUGAAAUCUGUACAUAUUUGCCUUGGAAACUAUGAACCCCUUAUUCACUUCACUUUUUUUAGUUAGUUUUAAUAGUUCUAUAUUUUAAAUUAGGCAUGUGUCUGAUAAGUCUCAAAUUCGACUUUAAAAAUCACAUUCUUAGGGCUUCAAAUUUAAAAUGAAUAGUUUUGCAAUAUUUACCAGGAAAAAAACGUUACUUAUUAAAUUAACAAUCAAACGUGAAUUAAAUUUCCAUUGCUUAUUAGACAAAACAUAAAAAUCAACGUUUAUAGCCCAAAAAAAAAAGGUAUUUAAUUCAUGGUUUCCAAGACAAAAUAAUACAGUUCGCCCUAGUGAUUAUAUAUAUUUGCAUAUUAACUACGAUUAUUUAUACAAAUACUGUACAUAACCAUGUAAAUUACCAAAUCUGUUACGAGAAUCGUUUACCUCAAGCGAAUGAUGGGAACCCAUGUUGAUUUUAUACAUAUAUAACAACUACGAUACGAAUAUUUAUUGCAUACAAUAUGGUGUGAUUAAAGAUUUUAUUUUCCUAACUA